GAGGAGGACGGUUGAAGCUGGGUUUUAAACUUUUGAAUCAGCAAAAUCGCAAGGGAAGAGGCCGUAGCUGCGUCAAGCUGUUCCACGAGUGCCUACUCCACCUCUUACAAUACCGACGUCCAUGUCAACGGGAGAUGUCUUCAAACUAUUUUGGCCUUCACAUAUUUGCUCUCCCAAAACUCGAACAGGUUUUCUUGUAGGCUGGCAUACCUCCGGUUCUACCGCAUGUGUAGCUGCCGUGAUUCCCGAUGUCGAGCUUGACGAUCUCAAAUGCCUCCUUUCAGAAUUUUGUGUAUCAGGCAAUAACCCGGAAUUCGCGCAUAUUAACAAUGUAUGCAAAGCAUCGCCCAAACUGCUAGGCGCGAUUGUACCUUCCGAUGCGCCAGUUUCCACUAUCUCCAUUCGGUCGAAAGUGGACGAGGAAUACGGAUUAUGGCUAUCGGUAAUGCUAGACGAAGCUUACGUUCCUAUACCGAUAUCCAUGGUGAUACGAGGCUCGGAUCAUGUUUUCCUCAACUACCAAAUUAUAUUCUACGAACAGCCCAACCCUAGACAGCUGCAAUUUUUGGCAUUAGAACCUCUGGAAUUAGACAUCACCUCCAAGGAGCCUGUAGCGCACGAACCCUCAGAAACAAAAGCGAAUCUGGAAAAGAUAUUGAAGUACUCUCACAUUUUAUCCGGACAUCAGCAGUAUCCACUUGUCGACGAUCUGACGUCCGUCCUCGUUCAGAUCAACUCGUCGUAUUAUUUGGAAAACGGCGUCAAGUCUGUUUGUGCACAAAGGCGUCGUCUGAAGAAGGGUUGGUUUUGGCGAAUGCGUCGCAUAUGGUCAGGAUUGCAGAAGAUCAUUCAAUCGAUGGUCCAGAUACUGGUAUGGAGUCCCGUGGUCGUCAUCAAGAAAAUCAUUCUUUUCCCCUUGAUAUGCUUGGUUUUCGCCCUGUUGGCCAUCACCGAAUUCACAAUUCAUCUACUGAAUAUGCGAUUACCCAAAUUCUUUCUGAACGCAGUAGCCAUCAAAGACUUGUCUGCAGCUGGUCAGCAGGUAGAUUUGCGGCUACAACAAUUGUACUUUUGGCCACGACAGUACAUGAAAUUACGGAAACAUAACUGGGCAAAUACAGCCGCAACUCGAGCCUACUACAUCAGCUUUUAUAAUAGCAUGUGGUUAGUUGCCAAUGAUAUUAUUAUUGGCUUGGCCAUCGGUUCCUUUCUUGUUAAUAAUCACCAUACGGUGGCUCGGUUCUUGCAUCAAGUACUCUAUGAAUAUACUGUAGCAUCGUUAAAAUCCAUGAUGCUGUGGUUUCUUGAAUCACCGGCCGGUCUAAAGCUUAAUCAUGAAUUAGGCAGUUUUUUGAGCGAGUUAUUCCUAUGGCUCAUUUGGGUUUGGACAAAUUGUAUGAAGAUCUUGGAACCAUCCACGCCUCAAAUUAUUCGCUUCAUUGGAUUUUCUGGAAUCUGUGGUGUAUCUAUGGUCAUUUCUCUAAUGUCCGAUUUACUGGCGUUUAUGACACUUCAUGUUUAUUGCUUCUACAUGGUGGCGGCCAAAAUUUUCAACUGGCAGCUUACCACCCUUUACUCACUUUUUAAUUUAUUCCGAGGCAAAAAACGAAAUAUGCUUCGUAAUCGAAUCGAUUCAUGCGAUUAUGCUCUCGACCAGCUUUUGUUGGGCACUUGUCUUUUCACCCUCUUGACUUUUUUGUUUCCGACCAUCCUAAUUUACUACAUGACCUUUGCCUUGGGUCGAGUGGGUGUCAUUUUCUUGCAAGCCAUUAUGGAAACCUUGUUAGCCUUCUUUAAUCAUUUUCCUCUUUUUGCCAUAAUGUUGCGUAUCAAAGAUGCUGAUCGGCUACCAGGGGGUCUUCAAUUUGAUAUCUUCCAUCAUGAGGAUUUCGUAUUCAAAUAUCACCCGAUGUAUCGCCGGUUGCGCUGGCUGCAACGAUUAUGGGAUGGUCACGGCACAUCAUCUGACACACAUUCUAUUCGUCCUCAUCGAAGAAAAACCGUGCGCUUCAAACUUCCUCAAUCAUCCAAAAAGGAAGCCACCCCAUCUCCCCCAAAACAAAAAGGCGCCUAUCUUUGGAUGCGUAAUACACCUAUCCCAUUCAGCGCCAUCUUUUUUCAGUACAUGUUGUUAUGGAAGAGAUUAAGUGCCCAUUAUUUUUCCGCUUACGUAUUCAAGUGCCUGUUGUAUGGUGAACCAAUCAAACCUAUUCCGAAACUCCAGGUAAGUCUAAAGCUGAAAAAGUUUCACAACGGCUCCAUUUGUCGUUAGAGAUGUACUUACAUUUCCCUAUCCGGCUGUUUCGUUCUUUAUUCUAUCAGUAUCCUAUGCUUCCUGAUCAAAGGUAAUUUCCCUUACGCUAGAUAUUGGAUGAUUAGUAGCUGACAAUGACGCAUAGACCGUUUUUGGCUGUUUUGUGGAAAAUGUUAAAAUCCAACGUUUGGGAACAUGAAUGACGACAGUGAGGUGACCACGAUAUCAUGAUAAUAAUAAUACAGACAUAUUAAUUCCAGACAAGAUCCGUAACAGAAUUUGUCAA